AUGGGGUGCGGUGCAAGCAAGGAAGAUACCGCCGGAAAGGCGAGAAAUGAUGAGAUCGAUAAUCAGCUGAAGAGGGACAAAAUGGCCCAGCGCAAUGAGAUCAAAAUGCUUCUACUUGGUGCCGGUGAAUCUGGGAAGUCAACAAUUCUGAAGCAGAUGAAACUCAUUCAUGAGGGUGGUUAUUCGCGCGACGAACGCGAAUCGUUCAAGGAAAUCAUCUACUCCAAUACCGUCCAGUCCAUGCGUGUCAUUUUGGAGGCCAUGGAGUCUCUCGAGCUACCUCUGGACGACCAGCGCGCCGAAUAUCACGUCCAGACAAUCUUCAUGCAGCCACCACAGAUAGAAGGUGACAGCCUGCCACCCGAGGUGGGCGCAGCUAUCAAGGCCCUGUGGCAGGAUGCUGGAGUCCAGGAAUGCUUUAAACGAUCAAGAGAGUAUCAAUUGAACGAUUCGGCACGAUAUUAUUUCGAUUCUAUUGACCGCAUCGCCGCUCACGACUACCUUCCCAAUGACCAAGACGUCCUGCGAUCACGAGUCAAAACAACCGGUAUCACCGAGACCACCUUCAUCAUCCAGGACCUUACGUAUCGCAUGUUUGACGUGGGUGGGCAACGAUCUGAGCGAAAGAAGUGGAUUCACUGCUUCGAAAACGUCACCACAAUUCUUUUCUUGGUGGCCAUAUCAGAAUAUGACCAGUUGCUCUUUGAAGAUGAGACUGUCAACAGAAUGCAAGAGGCCCUCACACUGUUCGACAGCAUAUGUAACUCCCGGUGGUUCAUCAAGACCAGCAUCAUUCUGUUCUUGAAUAAAAUCGACAGAUUCAAGGAGAAGUUGCCCGUAAGCCCGAUGCAAAACUACUUCCCUGACUACGAAGGUGGUCCUGAUUACGCCGCUGCUUGUGACUAUAUCCUGAACCGAUUCGUGUCGCUCAACCAGGCAGAGACCAAGCAGAUCUACACGCACUUUACCUGCGCCACAGAUACCACACAGAUAAGAUUCGUGAUGGGCGCAGUCAACGAUAUCAUCAUCCAAGAGAACCUUCGAAUGUGUGGUCUCAUAUGA